CGGCUGCUCCCGAUUCCAACUUCUGGCUCGUGCGUUCCUCCAGUUAGCCCACUUUAUCUUAGCUUUCCUGUUGUAGCUAGCCCGCCGUAAAAAUCGAUUCUUUUGAACCUUUUGUCUCUGUUCAGGCCGAAACGAGGCUUUAAAUUGUCUUUCUUCAUUCUUAGUUCGUCGUCUUCUACAACACACACAAAAUACAUCUUCGUCGACUUCUUCUUCGUCAACUUCCGGUCUCGACUUCCGGGUCUACUUUCCUCUGGUUACUCGCUCACUUUUUUUUUUCUUUUUUUUUUAAGCUUUACGGUUGUAGCGCGGCUCGGAGGACUUGGCGUCCAAGUCGGGCUACUUCGACCCUCUCAGCGUCGGUCACGUCGUUGGGCCCAUGGCGCCCAUGUUCGACAGGAACGCGGAGGCGGCGGCGGCGACGAUGGCGGGCAAGAGGCGAGGUCGCGGCCCCGGACCGGCGGUCAGCAUCGGCGGGAAGAGCGUGUCCGGUAAUGGAAGCAGCGGCCGGGGCUGCUGGGAAGAUGGAAGUUCAGGCUCCAGCAGUGACGACGAGAACGGUGGAGGAAUGCGAGUUGGAUCGCAAUAUCAAGCCGUGGUUCCGGACUUCGACCCGGAGGUGGCGAAGGCGUGUCAGCUGUCUCACAGCGUGGGCAUGUUGGUGUGGAGUCCCAGCAACAGCGUUCAGCAGAGUCAACUGGAUGAAUACAUCAGCAUCGCUAAAGACAAACACGGAUACAACAUGGAACAGGCCCUCGGCAUGCUGUUCUGGCACCAGCACGACAUGGAGAAGUCGCUGGCCGACCUGCCCAACUUCACGCCGUUUCCCGACGAGUGGACGGUGGAGGACCGCGUCCUGUUCGAGCAGGCCUUCAGCUUCCACGGGAAGAGCUUCCACCGCAUCCAGCAGAUGCUGCCCGACAAGUCCAUGGCCAGCCUGGUCCGCUUUUACUACUCGUGGAAGAAAAGCCGCAACAGGAGCAGCCUGAUGGAGCGACAGAGCCGCAAAGUCAAGAGGGAGCGAGACGACAGCGACGACGAAAGUCAGGAGAAUAACGGCAGCGAUCCCGAGUCCGGUCACGUGAAAGAAGAAAGCAAGGAGGUGGGCUCCGCAACAGAGCGCUCCGAGGCAAAAAGUGCUGCUGGACUCAAAUCGUCUGGCGUCAAAGGUGCGCACCGGGCCAAGACCCGCCCCCCCAGAGGAAUGUUCCUGAAGCAGGAGGACGUGGUCUCGCUGUCCACCUCGUGCGCUCACGGCGUCCUGCGGCAGUUGGACGCUCAACUGACCGCAGCCAAGCGACAGGUCCAGAGCAUCAAGCAGUCCAACAGCGUUCUCAAGGAGAAACUGGACUCUGGAGUGGACCAGUUCAGACAACCCGAGGUGAGCGGUAAAGUGAACGGUCGCUGGAGUUCAGACGAGCAGCUUCUGGCCGUUCAAGCCAUCAGGAAGUACGGGCGCGACUACCAGGCCAUCUCCGACGUGAUCGGCAACAAGUCGGUGGUGCAGGUGAAGAACUUCCUGGUCAACUACCGGCGCCGCUUCAACCUGGAUCAGGUGCUGCAGGAAUGGGAGGCGGAGAAUGGGGUGGAAGGCGGAGCCGCCGUGCCCGACGACGACAAGAUGGAUGCGCCGGGUCCGGCCGAGGACGACGCAGAUGACCACCUGACUCCGCCCCCUGCAGACCUCUGACCACGGUGGACUCUGCCCACCUCCAUGUGUGGACAUUUGACUCCGCCCCUUACUUUGCAUUUGCGGGUGGGAGAAUGGUUUCAAUUUUCCAUGUGAAGUUUAUCUUGUUGCCAUGGCAAAAUAAUUUUUCUAGCCUAAAUGGACCUGCCAUAGUUUGAUUAAAUCCAUCUGAAAGCAUUUCA